UACCGCGCAGCCGCCGCCUCGCCGAAGAAGCGGCCCCGCGCAAAGCCCGACGGCACCAACCCCCGCGGGAAGAGGAACCACUUCUUCUCACACCGCGUCCCCGCAACGAGCAUUACUGUGGAUAGCUUUUAUGCCGCGAAAGAUGACCCCGCAAAGUCCGUAUAUUUUCUCACCCACUUUCAUAGCGACCAUUACGGCGGCCUGAGGAAGAGCACCCUGCCGGAGGGCGCCCGCGUGUAUUGCUCGAGUGUCACUGCUUCCCUUGUCCACUCCCAGCUACGUGUACGUAAGGAAUCUAUUGUCGUCCUCCCGAUUGCCGAAGUUGUAAGCGAGGGCAAGUUGGAUUAUUUGCAUCUGGAUACCACAUAUUGUAACCCGCAAUAUGUGUUUCCGUACCAGGCCAAUGUGUUGCAGCAGGUUGUGCAUGCAGCAAAGGAGGAGAAUAGACGCACAAAGGGGCAGUGCCUCUUUUUCUUUGGCACCUACUCAAUCGGGAAGGAGAAAGUCUUUUUCGCCGUCGCCGAGGCCCUGAAUCUCAAGAUCUACGCAGGAAAGCGAAAACGGGGCAUUCUGGAGCAGUGCGCCUUUGGGGCAAAGUUGACUGGGCGACUUGUGAACUCCGCGGGAGAGGCGCGUGUGCAAGUCGUGUCCAUGCGCGCUCUGUCUGCAGAUGGCCUUCGCGAGUACGCGGUGCGAAACAGCCUCAACACGUCGUUCAUUGGACGGGGGCUUGCCAUCGUCUUCCGUCCAACUGGAUGGACUUUCAGGGGGGAUGCGUCGAAGCCGCGCCAGCUCGUCGCUUUUGUGAAGUGGUGCAAGCCUGCGCGCGUUGUGCCCACCGUCAAUGCCCGCUCCAAGGAAGAUGCCGACAAACUUCGCGCACUUUUAGGGCAUACGGACACACCGCUCCGGCGAAUAUCUUCACUACCCCUGCCCUCAUAA